GCUCGUCGCAGCGGCGCGUUUCCCGCGGGAAUCCCGAGAGCGGCUCUUUCUGGUGUUGCGGGAAGCCGAGGGAAAGGAAAGGACCGAAGGCGAGAUGACGGACCGCUACACCAUCCACAGCCAGCUGGAGCACCUGCAGUCCAAGUACAUCGGCACGGGCCACGCCGACACUACCAAGUGGGAGUGGCUGGUGAACCAGCACCGCGACUCGUACUGCUCCUACAUGGGCCACUUCGACCUCCUCAACUACUUCGCCAUCGCCGAGAACGAGAGCAAAGCGCGGGUCCGCUUCAACCUGAUGGAGAAGAUGCUGCAGCCAUGCGGGCCGCCGGCGGACAAGCCCGAGGAGAACUGAGACGCCAGGCCGGGCGCGCACCACUUCCUGCUGGAUGUCAUCCCCCUUCCUCCGGACCUAUUCUCUUCGGCUCCUGCUCCCGAGCAUUUCGGGGUGCGCCAGCGCCUUCCCGGGUGUCCCCCCUUCACCCCCAGACCUACCCGGUCCUGUGCCCACGUGCACGCUUCCCAACUGGCUUCCAGAGAGACAGGUGGACUCCGAGACACCGAGAGGUCCCCAGAGCUAGCGCUAGCGAAGAACGGACGAUGGGAUUUGGAGGCUCCGUUUUGGGCUAGUUGAUUGUUGUUUUUUAUUCAUAAAGUUUUGAAAUUG